AUGGUAACGUUAUCAGAGGGGAAAUACGAUAUUGAAACAAUUUUAUUCGUGAAUGUCAAUGCUGGCAAUGUGUGGUUAAAGGACCUUAUUUCACCAAAAGGAUGGGAUUUAGGAUACGGUGUCGUUUUGAAGUUGAACGAAAGUCCUAAAGGCAGAAAUGCGCCGAUUAUGGAUAGGUUGUCGUUGGAUUUGAAUUUGGGUGAUGUUGUUGGUGUUAGUGUCGGUAAAGCUUCUAAAAGUGAAGGUGUCGAAUUGGAUUUUUAUGUCAAGAAAAAUGUCGAUUAUCAAGAGGGUCGAGGCAGCAAAAAAGGUGGCGGAAAACACAUGAUUCCAAUGAUAAUCGGGUAUAAAGCGGCAAUUUUAAUUAGCUUAAUGUUUGGUGUAAUGAAGAUUUUGACACUUAAAGCUAUAAUUUUGGCGAAGGCAGCAUUGCUUAUUUCAGUUUUUGUGCUUAUCAGUAAGCUGAAGAACCACCGUCCUUCUGAAGUUAUUGAAUUUGAACAACAUAGUCAUCCACCACCGCCGUAUUACAUUGAAAAAGAUCAAGGCUUCCAUGGCUACGGAGGGUACGGUUCCUUUGGGCAUGCUGGCUACGGUAGAGAUUCUAGCGCUCAAUCUUCUAACCUUUACCAAGCCUAUGCUCCAAGUUCAGGUACAACUGGAGCAGCUGCAGAAUCAAAUACUGCGUACUCUUCCCUAACUGCUAGUGACUCGGGAGCUGCCGUUCCUGUAGCAUUAGCAAGACAAGGCCAGAAUAAUAAUAAUAUAGAAAAAAGACGAGAUUCUGGAUUUUAUAGACAAAUGAGAACAUUAAAUGAUAGCAGUUAG